UAUUUGUCGGCGUAAGGCUCUGUCAAACAUACAAUAAAGUCAAAGAGUGCUGCGGCUGAAAAGAAAAAAAUAUUUUGUGAAAUAUUUAUUUAAUAUUUUAAAUAAAUCAGAAAAAAUAAUUAACAAAUAUUUACCAUUUAAAAGCCAGUGCUAACGGCAUGACAUAUUUAAAAGAAAGAAAAUACAAACGGAAACCAAAAAUUGUGUGAGAAAAAAUAAUUCUGUGAAGAAAACAAAACGGCCUGAGAAAAAAAGUAAAGAAAAGAAGAAAAAAAAACUUAAAUAAUUCUUAUUGUAUAUUAUGAAUGAAGACGACAAUAAAAUUAGUGCGAGUGUUGUGAAUGAUCCUCAUCAGCAGCAGUCAAGUGGUAUAAGUGCAUGUCAGAAAAGAAAUCUAAUACGACUGCUGCGACGGUCACGAUCGUCGGCAACCUCAAUGCCUGCAGCACCCCUGCAGGUGGACACCAAUAAUGAAACGGGGCCGGAACAGCAACAACUGCUAAAUGCUGCCUUCAAACAUCAUGAUACCAAGACAGUGCAGGCAACAAAAAAUAAUGUUUCCGGCAAAACGGACGUACCGCCGACUACGACGGUGUGCAAUAUGUGCUGUCGCAAGGACGAAGUUUGUGUUAAUCUGCAAAAUAGUCAUGCAACCGUAUUGACUGUCAGUGAUAUUACGAGACUGCCAAGUUGGGAUAUAAGACAAAUUUUAGCUGCCGUCUGUUCUCGCUGCUUAGUUUACAUUGGUGCUAUAACCGAAUCAUCUUCAAAACUACGUAUGCGUUGCGAGCAGGCUAUGCACAGCCAGAGUGUUGUUUUAGCCCCACCUACACCCGAUACUAGUCCCAAUAAUUUUCUACAAGUAACCACAACAUUGCUGGAUGAUACAGCCGAUCACUCGAAUAAUGUACAACCACAGCGUAAUUGUUAUGCUCCCGGUUAUUGUGAUGAUACAGUUAAUGAUUUGUCCUUACCGCUUGCCACUGCAUCACCUCCUGCCCCUAAUCUAUUAACGAAUCAAACAUUUGAUGCCAUAUCAAGAUCUCCCACGCCCACUAAUGCCGGACAUGAUUCAAUGUUAAGAAUACAUUAUGAACGUCCCGUUUCCCCUCUAAAUACCGAAUCAGGUGGAGGUGGUAAAAAUAAUAAACGCAGCUAUCAGCGUGUACAGGUAAUACCCGUCCAAAUGAUAUGUUCACACUGUAAUCGUGCCUACUGGCGCAAGGAUUACUAUCGCAAACAUAUGCGUCGCUGUAGCGCUAAAUAUCGUUAUGCCAAAUCAAUGAUGCCAACACGUUCACGCAGUGCCAGUCGCUUAGAAUUGGAUGCCAUAUCUGUGGCCUCGGAGGGAAAUGAACGUGUCACCUGCUCGAAUCAGCCACGUACAUAUCGUUGUAAUAUUUGUACGGUAACAGUAGAAAAUAUAGGUAAAUUACGUCAACAUAAACGUAUACAUUUGCCACGUUACUACUGUGACAUCUGUAGCGGUGAGUAUACUUCACAAAAUGAAUAUGAUUUUCAUCGUGUGGAGUGUAUGGCCAAAAAGGAAGUUUUUGAAAAAGGUUUAGAAGACAUAAGAAAUGAAGUUAAAUCACCGGAAUUAAAACCGGCCAGAAGACGGACACGCUCUUAUUCAAAGGCAGCUUCAGUAGCUCCCAGUGUAACAUCUUCCAAGGCGGAGGCAACUAAAAAAGUUAAAAUAGGCAAAAGAGGUAGACCGCCUAAAAUUAAGCCAACCGAACAGUGUGCAACAGCAAACGAUGAUGGUCAAUCUACUAUAACAAAUUAUGUUAAAAGGCACAAACAUCUUUAUACCAAUGAGGCAGAAAAUGAAAGUAACAAAACGACUUUACAACUAAAAAAGGAACAUAAACUUCUUAAUACUAAAGACAAAGAAAAACUAGAGGAAGAACAGAAUGAAGAUGAUGAUGACGACGAAGACGAAGAUGACGAUGUCUCCCAGGCAGAUACAUUGUAUUCAAAACGUUUAUCUUUCACCAAUCACUGGGUGGAAGAGCACAGUAUAAGUUCACAUAGUCAUUUAUCGCAGAGCGAUAAUUAUAUUGAUGAAUAUAUGGAAGAUAUACCAUUUCGUUCUCUUAAGGAAUAUGAUCUUUAUUUACUUGAACGCUUAAAAAUUGAGGUGAGACUUAACUCUUUAACAUGUUUUGUGCCAGAUUGUAGAUUCACCUGCACCACUCUUAAUGACAUGAUGGUGCAUGAUUAUAUAUAUCAUUUUAAAAAGCCUUGGUUUUAUUGUCACAAAUGUGGCUAUUGUUUUACCAGCAAAGUAUUUCUAGACUAUCAUUUGGAUUUGCAGAAUAAAGGACGUUAUGUUUGCUACAAAUGUGGCGGUCACUUUGAAUAUCAACAUCAAUUAGAUCGUCAUCUAAUACAACACAAUCGACUGAGCCGUAAUGGUGGCGAAAAAUAUAUUUGUCAUUGUUGUAAUUUCAAAUUCUUAGACGAGGAUAAACUUUUAAAACAUUGUCAUUAUGAAAAUCAUGAUUGGAAUACCAAAAAACAUACCAUUGAAAUUGAUCAUACUAUGACGAUCUCUAAUAAAGUACCGUCGUUGCAAAAGAACAAUAAAGAUCGUAAGAAUAAAAAAUAUCAAGUUAAAAUACUCAAUAUGGUAUUACAACCGAUGCCUUCAAAACGUUGUAUACCCAUGGAAAAAUAUCGUUUACAUUUACCGCCUCAUCUGCGUAUACCCAAUCGUAUUGGUCAAGUUGAAUUUCGUUAUCCCUCAAAUCCCAAUUGUGUGGGUUGUUUAUAGCGUCCAUAUAAAGGCAAGUAUAAUGCUUAAAUUUGUUUAGACUUUGUUUUUUGUUGUUUAUAUUUUUUUCUAUUAAGAUUUGUUUAAUUUAAUACUAUAGUUUGUAAUUUAGAAUUUGCCGGCAGAUUAUUUAUAUAACUCAUUUGUUUGUGUUUAAAAAUUUAUACAAAAUGUAUUUUAAUGAAGUUUUUCAUAUUUCAAUAUUUUUUUAAAUUAAAGCAUUCAAAUAUUAAAACUAUUUUGUUUCCUUAGAAAUUUUGAUGUUUUUUAAUAUUUUCUUUUUAAAAUUUAUCAGUAAAGUUAACUUAUUUUAAUCAGACCGAGCAAAUAAUGAUGUUGUUUAAUUGUGUAAUUUCGUUUGAAAAAAGUAGAAAAUAAGAUUUUAACAUACAUAUUCUCGAAAAGUAACGCAUUUAUCAUAUUUAAAUCACAAAAUAAAAAUGGAAAUUUUAAAGCACACGCUUUCAUUCUCAACAUUUAAAAUUUACUACAAGUCCAUUUAAUUUUUUAAUCUCAAAUAUCACAAUACAAAUAGGUCUUGUUGAAUAUGUAAGAUCAAAAAAGUGUUUCGAUGUCAAAUUUAACAAAUUUUAAAAAUUUAAAAAAGAUGGAGAAAGUUCAAUUGUUGUAUAUUUGCUAAUCUAUAUACUGAUCUAUAAUUUGAUCUAUAUACAGAAUGGACUCUGACUAAUCUAUGAACUGAACUGUAAACUGAUCUAUGGACUAGUUUAUUGUCUGAACAUUAGACUGAUGAAUAAAUAGUCUGUAUAUACUGAUCUGUUAAAUUUUGAUCUAAUCUAUAGAAUUGUCUAUAGUAUGAUCUAUAUAAUGGCAUAUAAUCUAAUGUAUACACAGCUUUAUAGAUUGAUCUAGAGUCUGAUAAACAGACGCGACUUUUGUCUCAUCUUUAGACUGAUAUAGAAUUCUUUAUAAUAUGAUCUACUUACAGAUCAGUAGAAUGAUAUAUAGAUGUAUAAUAUGACUGGAUAGUCAGGCUUAUAAUCUGAUCUAUCUGAUCUUGUCUAUAGUCUGAUCAGCAGCCUGAUCUAAAGAUUAAUCUAUUGUCUGAUCUACUAGAGAUAUACUAGUCUAUAGUCUAAACUAAAGAAUAGUCUGUAAUAUACUCCAAAGAUUGGUCUAUAGAUUAGUUUAUAAUAUAAUUUAUAGACUAAUCUAUAGCCUGGUCUAUGAACUAGUUUAUAGGCCGAUCUUUAGACAGAUAAGUAAUCUGACCAAUUAUCCUACCUAUAGACAGGUGAAUAGUCUCUUAGGACUGCUCUAUUCAAUUGUUGAUCUAUGAUCUACUUACAUAUCUUCAUACUGUAUAGUUGUCUAAUUAUUAAGGCUCAUAGUCUGAUCUAUUGAUUGAUCUAAAGUCUGAUAUACAGACCGGUCUAUAGUAUGAUCAGAAGUCUGAUCUAAAGAUUAAUCUAUUGUCUGAUCUACUAGUGAUUUACUAGUCUAUAGUCUAAACUAAAGAAUAGUCUGUAAUAUACUCCAUAGAUUAGUUUAUAAUAUAAUUUAUAGACUGAUCUAUAGCGUGAUUUAUAGGCUGAUCUUUAGACUGAUCAGAAAUCUGAUCAGUAAACUAACCAAUUAUCUUAUCUAUAGACAGAUGAAUAAAUCUAUAUACAUGUAUGUUGAUCUACAUGUCUAUAUACUAAUCUGUAGUGUGAUCUAUAGAAUGUUCUAUAGUAUGAUCUAUAGAAUGUCUUGUAAUCUGAUGUAUACACUGCUUUAUAGUCUAGUAAGCAGACUGAACUCUUGGCUCAUCAUCUUUAUCAUAUUAUCUACAAACAGAUCUGUAUAAGACUUGACAUACUGAUCUAUAGUAUGGUUUACAAUCAAAUAUAUAGACUUAUGUAUAGACUGAUAUAUAAAGUGGGGUAUAAUCUGAUCUAUGUAAAAAUCUAAAGUCUUAUAAUCAGACGGGACUAUAGUCUGAUCAAUAGACUAGUUUAUUGUCUGAGAAAUUGUCUGAUUUAAAGACUAGUCUGUAUUCUGAUCUGUAUUCUCAGUAACCUUAUAACUUCUUUAUAAUAACAUCUACAAACAGGUCUGUACUCUGAUCUAUUUAAUCAUAUAUAACAUGAUAUUAAGCCUGAUCUAUUGUAUGGUUUACAAUCUAAUAUAUAGACUUAUCUAUAGACUUAUAUUUAAACUGGUCUAUAGUCUGAUCCAUAAAAAUAUCUAAAAUCUUUUAAUCAGACUCGACUAUAGUCUGAUCAAUAGACUAGUUUUUAGACUGGAAUAAUCUGAUCUAGAGUCUGAGCAAUCGUCUGAUCUAAAGACUUGUCUGUAGUCUGAUCUAUUCACCCGUCUAUGGCCAAUAAGCUUAUACCUUCUUCACAAUAACAUCUACAAGUAUGUCUGUCCAUUGAUCUAUUAAAUCAUAUAUAACAUGAUAUAAAGCCUGAUCUAUAGAUUGAUAUACAUAUCUAAAAUCUGAUAAUCGGACUAUAGUCUGAUUAACAGACUGGAAUAAUCUGAUAUAGACACUAAGCAAUUGUCUAAUCUAAAGACUAGUCUGUAGUCUGAUCUAUAUACUAGUCUAUGGCCUAUAACCUUAUACAUAUUUAGAUGGAUGAGUAGUGUGAACUAUAGACUGGUCGGUAGUCUGAUGUAAGUAUAUGUACAGGACCAUUGUUGAUCUAUAAACACAUCUAUAUCUGAUAUAUAAACUAUAUUCUGUUCUAUAGAAUUGUCUAUAGUUUGUUUUAUAGACUGAUCUAUAAUUUGUUAUACAGACUAUAAAUCAGACUAUAUUCUAAUCUAUAGAAUUGUCUAUAGUUUGAUCUUUUACAAGUCCUUAUCUGAUUUGAUCUAAAAACUGGGCUACAGUCUAAUCUACAACCCAGUCUAUAAAAUGUUCUAUAGUCUGAUCUUUAGGAUGAUCUAUAGACUGUCUUAUAGUCAUUUCUGUAGUUUGAUCCAUAGGUGGUUCAAUAUAUUCACCCCUAUUGUCAAUUGAAGUGAAAAGUUUGUUCCUUUGAAAUUUUCAUUUUCCUCGAAGGAAAUAUUGCUAUCGUGAACUUGUUGUAAACAAUUCAUUCACAAUAGUUGAUUUUGUAUCGAACAGCUGUUCAAUAUUUACAAAAUUCCAUCAACAAAUUUCACAACAGGCGAAUUUUUCUUCACGAUAAUAAAGUUAGUGAACGAAAAAAGUGAAAAGGGAAAAAUAUUUCAUGUGAAAUGAUGAUUGACGAUAGGGGUCAUUGAUCUAUGGUCUGACUUACAGACAUUUCUAUAGCCUAAAUAUUUGCUUAAGCGUUAAUGCCAUUGUCUAGCACCUACGUAACUGUUCUUCUUUUAGAAUUCAAAUAGUUCUGAAAAAAAUGAUUAUAUUGGUGAUUCUUGCUCGAAAUUAUUUCAAUUUCGUUUUGGAAUAAAAUACAAAAGUUGCCUCACUUGCGUUUUAGGUUUAAAAGCUUCUUAUCACACUGUUUUUGUUGUUUUCUUUUAAGAUAAUAAUGCAACUAAUAAAAAUAGUUUUAAAAAAUACUCAGAAAAAGUAAAAAAGUUUUUUUUUUUUGUUUUUAAUAAAUUUAUAAUUUAAACAAGUUUUUUUUUAGUUUAAAGUUACCCAAAUACUUAAUAUGUUCCUUUAUAUAAUUAUUGUUUUAUAAUUAAUAAUUAAAUGCAAAACUAAAUGAAAUAAUUAUUAAAAAAAAACGAAAACAUUUUGUA